GGAAGAAUCCCUUUGCUAGAGCCGGGGUGGUGUUUUCCGCCUUGACGAAGAAAGUUGUGCAAAGGCGGGCUGCUGGUUUCUGUAUUCCGAGAAAAUGGACAGCCAGGGAAGGAAAGUGGUGGUUUGCGACAAUGGGACCGGGUUUGUGAAGUGCGGCUAUGCAGGCUCCAACUUCCCAGAGCACAUUUUCCCUGCGUUGGUUGGCAGGCCAAUCAUUCGCUCCACAGCUAAAGUGGGAAACAUUGAGAUCAAGGACCUGAUGGUGGGGGAUGAGGCGAGCGAGCUGCGCUCCAUGCUGGAGGUGAACUACCCCAUGGAGAACGGCAUCGUGAGGAACUGGGAUGACAUGAAGCACCUGUGGGACUACACCUUUGGUCCCGGAAAGCUCAACAUCGACUCGCGCAACUGCAAGAUCCUGCUCACCGAGCCGCCCAUGAACCCAACCAAGAACCGCGAGAAGAUCAUUGAGGUGAUGUUUGAGACCUACCAGUUCUCUGGGGUUUACAUAGCCAUCCAAGCUGUGCUCACACUCUAUGCUCAAGGUCUACUGACGGGCGUGGUGGUGGACUCUGGUGAUGGUGUCACCCACAUCUGCCCCGUGUACGAAGGCUUCUCCCUGCCCCACCUGACCCGACGCCUGGACAUUGCAGGACGGGAUAUCACGCGCUACCUCAUCAAGCUGCUGUUGCUGAGGGGCUACGCCUUCAACCAUUCGGCGGACUUUGAGACGGUGCGCAUGAUGAAGGAGAAGCUGUGCUACGUGGGCUACAACAUCGAGCAGGAGCAGAAGCUGGCGUUGGAGACCACCGUGCUGGUCGAGUCCUACACGCUCCCCGACGGCAGGAUGAUAAAGGUGGGAGGGGAGCGGUUCGAGGCCCCUGAGGCUCUUUUCCAGCCCCACCUCAUCAAUGUGGAGGGAGUCGGGGUGGCAGAGCUUCUCUUCAACACCAUCAAUGCAGCAGACAUCGACACCAGGUAACUCCAUGACAGACUCC